UUGAGGGAGCACUAGAGGAAGCCUCCAAGAUUCCACCUUUCGGGCUUGGCUCUGAAGGGGGCACCUUCACCUCUACCUCAGCUGGACCCCAAGUCCCCCAACUCACCCUUCCUCUUCCCACAGUCCUAGUGACCCAGAACGGAUAUGGAGCAGGUAGGAGCAGAGUGGGAGGACCCUGGGGAGGCCCUGAGAUGGGGCUCCUGGGCCCCUCACCUGCUCCUGUAUCUCCUCCAGGCUUUGGUGGGGGCAUGAAGGGCCAGAAGCCAGGUGAGUCCUGCCCCAGUCUUGUCUGUAUCCGUGAACCCCCUGAAGCCAGAGCACCCCCUCCUCGGCCUCCCUAUCACUCUCUAGGACAGGGAACCGCUGGGAGGCAUGGCCUUCCCAGGGGCUGGGGCCCGGGCGAGGACGGGAGAGGGCUGGCUUCCACGUGGUGGGGAGAUGGAGAGCUUAGCCUGUGGCCCAGUAGGCCCGGGGAGGGAGGAGGCGACCUGGCACCCACGUCUUCCUGACACUGCCGGCUCUGUCCUGCCUCCUCCUGAACCCCUGCAAACACUGCCCCUCACGUCCACCCCUGUUUCUCCUCCCCCGAUAUGGUAACGAAAAUGGACCAGGAGCCCAGCUAUGUGAGGGCAGCCAGGUCUGGGUCCCGAGGAGUUGGGAGAAAAGCAGGAACUGGGGGCGCAGGAGACCCUGAGGAGAGGUCUGGCAGGGUCGACAUCAGCCUCCACCUCCCCGAGCCUAGGUGGGGGGCGGUAAAACCCAGAAGCCAGGUGAGCCUCACCCCUGCCUAUCUCUCUCCAUUCACACCCCGUCUACCUGUCCCCGCCCCCCUGCCCCAGGAUUCGGGAAUGGCAACGAGCUGGGAGCCCAGCCAGGUGAGACUGGGGUGGGGGGUACAAGUCUGGCGUCCUGUCCUGCCUCCCUCCAGGCCUUGCAGGAGCAGGGCUAGCAAAUGCUUAAGAGCAGUUGGUGGGGCCUCCAGGACCCCUGGUUCUGGCUGGGCUCUGAAGGGGGACCACAGGUGGUUCCCCUACCUUAGCCAGCCCCAACCCCCUGCUCAUCCACCUCCCAGCACAGGUCCUCCAGCUCACAAAGGCUACAGAGCAGGUACUGAUGGGAGAGGAGUGGAGGGCCUGGCGGGGAGCGCUGGUCCUCACCCAGGCCCUGUUCCGGGGGUCCUGCCAGACUAGGAGAGGGCGGGGCUGGCGAUUGAAUGGAGGCGGCAGGAGGCCCAGGAGGUCCUGGGUUUCUGGCCCUUCGUACCUGAGCCUCUCCAUCCCCACAGGCCCUGCGGUUCCCGUGGGCUACGGACCAGGCAUUGGUGAGGGCGGGAAGCCGCAGAAGCCAGGAUACACACCAGGGCCGGGGCUGCAGCUCCCAGCAGGUCCCUGCAAUGGGAGGGUCCCUCCACUGCUCCCCAGGCCUCCCACUUCGGGGGUCCCUUCUGAUAAAGGGGGCGGCUGGGGCCCCAAAUCUCAGCCCUCUCCCCCAGGGCAGAAUGGCAAGUUCCCAGAACUGACUCCAGCAAUCCAGCGGGGGCUGAAACCUCAGAAAGCAGGUGUGACUCCGUCUGCCCCCUGUCCCCAGACCAGGAUACCAGCCCCUGAAUGGCUAUGGACCAGGAACAGCACUGGGCUUUGGUGGUGGCCUCAAGCCUCAGAAAGUCGGUUUUGCUUACGGGAAUGGUCUGGGAGCUGGGAUCUUCCCUGUGGCCCACUCGCAGCCAGGUCGGGCCGGGGCCCUAAGGGGCUCUUCUUGGCCCUCCGUGUAGCCCUGGGGGCUUGCCUUGAAGCCUGGAUAUGGGACUGGAGGCGAAUAUCCAGGGGUCAGGAGCCAGCCAGCGACCUAUGGACAGCUGAGGCCAGAGCUGGGCCCUGGACCCUUCGGCAACCCUGAGGUGAAGAGAGGCAGCAGUGGUCCACUGGGAAAUGGCUAUGGAGGCCCCUGCCCUCUCGGGAAAUGCUAAGCACCAAGGCUCUUCCACUGCCCAUCCUGAGAGCCUCUGUACCACAGCCUGGUGUGUUGGGCGAGGACAGCCAGACUCUGAAGCUUGGCUUCUGGCCUGGGGUCUCCUGAGGGCUGAAAGUAUUAAUAAAGGUGACAUGCU